AUGCAACUUAAACGUAGCUCUUUCGUGAAGAAUACAAGCGAGCUUGCCGCUAUGAAGCAUCGGCCAGUCCAGUCUGUUGAUGGAUCUUUUCAGACAAACCGGCCAGCUAAUAGCAGAAUGGUUCGGAGGGAGGAGUCGAAGCCAGAAGUUGUAUCUACCUUUAAUAGCAAAUCCAAGAAGCUUUCGUAUAAAAAUUCUCCUGAACCAAGUGUUCUAGCUACGAAGACAGUUUCUCUUUUCUCGAGUAGCCCACCGGUAAAUAAUAACAAAUACGAAGAGAUUUUAACCUUGAGGUCUGUGGAAGAAUCAAAAACACGAAAAACGAAAGAUUUGGAGGAAAGAGUAAAAGCUAGUCAAACAGAAACAAUAUUCCCAGUUGAUUCUGGUUGCACUCAAUAUAAUCAACCCAUUUGUAUGAACGCAAAUAUGAACAGGGACGAGACUAGAAUUUUCGCCAACAUUAUGGAACACAAGGUAGAUAGUCCGGAUGGGAAUGACCAAUUCGAAAGCAUUCGUCAAGUCAUUCAGACGGGCCAGGAUAAAGCUUGUUUCACCUCUGCCAUUGAAGGACCACCAACCAGCAUGGCCAUACCUGAUUCUAAAGAAAGCACGGUCCAAGAAUCUGAAGUUCAUUCGACGAUUCAGCAAAUAUUGAAUGAAGCCAGAGAUGCUUUAGUGAGCGAUCCUAUACACGAAACAAAUAACUACCUUGUCCCAGGAGAACUCUGUAAUCCUGACUUCAACUCGAUUAGGCUGGCUCUUUUUAAAGAGCUAAGGCCAAUCUUAAAGCUAUAUCGGGAUAGAAUAUAUGAAAAUGAAUCCAAAAUUGUGCAACGUCAGGUGAAAUUUAAUUAUAUAAAUUCAUUUAUGUAA